UUCAACACGUAUUAUCAAUGUUUUUAUUGCUUUCAUACAGUUAAUCAUUAAUUUCUCACUAAUUUGUGCUAAAUGUUAACUCCUUACACAAAAAAUGGACAAUAGCAUAGCAUUAACAAUGGAAAAUGUUUUGAGAAAUGAUUCAGCAUGUAGAAUAUGCUUAGUUCAGGGCGAGGGCAUGCAAGCCCUUUUUGUUGAAGGGAAUGGUAUAAUAGAACAAAUAGAAUAUUGUACUGGCAUAAGACUCCUCAAUGAACCUACCCUCCCCUCUCACAUCUGCCCCCCCUGCCUCACGCACCUCUCCAUCGCGCACUCCUUCAAGUCCACCUGUCUGUCCUCGCACCACACGCUGCACCCGCACGCUCAGACGCUGGUCAAUACUGAUGUGAAGAUUGAGCGGGACGAUGAUUGGGUGAAGGUGGAAAGGAAGAGUAAGAGGAUCAAGAUGAAGAAGGAGAAAGAAGACAGUCCAGACCCAGAACCAGACCCCGACCCAGACCCGCCCAGCCCUGAGCCAGACAUCAAACCCCCUAAGUGCAAGCUGACUUACAACAAGGUCAAAGGUCGGAGACCUAAGAAAUUCAAGUUUAAGAGGCUAUGGUGUGAAACGUGUGAGAUAAAGUUUGAUUCGAAAGAAGAAAGCGAUGCUCACAGGCUUGCUAAGCACCCGGAGGACCCUUGGAUGUGCGAGAUAUGCGGAAAAGUGUUCGCGCACCGCGGCUCGCACUACACGCACGUGCGCUCACACCUCCCUCCCCUGCACGGUUGCGCGCACUGCGACUACAAGACCUGGCACCGCCACGACCUGGUCAAACACCUGCGAAUCCACGCCGGUGUGAAGCAAUACCAAUGCACGCAGUGCGCGCGCACGUUUCACACAUCAUCUAACCUGGUGUCGCACGUGCGGCGUCUGCACGACCGCGCGCGCCCGCACCAGUGCAGCCAGUGCCAGCGGCGGUUCUUCGACAAAACUAAACUGAGACGGCACAUGGACAGCCACAACGACGUCAAACGCUUUGAAUGCGAGGUCUGCCACUCGUGCUUCACCCGCCGCUGUUACUGGAAGAAGCACCUCCAGAAGAUGCACGGCAUUACGGUGCCGCCUCAGCGCCCGGGCCGGCAGAAGGUCAACUUCCUGGUGGGCGAGGAGCUCAUACGAGACACGGACCCCAAGUGUGAGAAGAGUGCGUUGACUUACUCCCUCGCACCCCGCUCUGAGUAGCUCCAGAGCUCCGCCUUUAAAAUGUGUUCAAAACGCGAAAGAUUUAACCUCUAGCCGCCCAUACGUCAAACUUUGCCAAGCAAAGUGAAAUUUUAUUUUGUCAACACAAAGUUGAAAUUAGAAUGGAACGGGAGACCUUUUUAUAGGUCUCUGGGCGGCUAGUGGUUAAAUGAGGGGGUUCAUUUAACACUUAAUAAUGGCUGAGGUGUUAAAUGAAACUAAAACCAAAUUUUUUGUGUUAGCUUCGAUAAAGAUAGAGAAUACUAAAUGAGAAGCAAUAAAAAAGUUAACUGCAAUAAAAUGUCUAAGAGUUGACGCAGAUUAAUCUAAUUUUUUUUUAGUAAAAUUCUAAAUAAUUUACAUAUUAAACAGUCUAUAUGUUAUGUUCAAUUGUAUAUGUUCUUACUUUAUUUGUAAAUAAUUAAAUACGUCGCACGGCUAUUUAAGUCGCUGACGGUGAUAACUAGGGGAAAAGUGGCAUACAGGAGCGGGCUUAUGAAAGAGCUACUUGCAUUAUUUUGGUAAUUUCGAAACGAAUUUUGUACGUGAUUUAUUUUAUAAAGUGAAAACACUUUUACUUUCAAACAUUUAACUGGUACCAGGCGUGACUCACUCCGCGAUUUCGUCGCUUUGCUACAGGUAGCUAAAAGUACAUCCGUUCGACCCCAAUUUUGGGGUUUGCCAUAAGCCGCGCGUGGCGCUGUCGCCACCUAGCGGCCAUAUCUGUCCUGAUCGUAACAAACGCGUUUUGUUAGAGAGUGAGUCUUCUGUACCUAUUACUAUGUCUAUUAUUUAUUCUGUGCUCGUACAAAAUUCGCUAUGAAACUAUCGAAAUAAGUCGAGAUGUAUAAUGAUGGAGGGUAGGGGUAGGGGUAAGUCUCCGCGCGCGCCCUUUGGUGCCGGAUAUACAGUGUGGAAAGAUAAGUCGGGCCCUGGAGGGAAACUACCUUAAAUCCUCAAGCUGGCUCAUAUUACUUAAAUGAGACAUUCCGUUAUUUUUAAAAAGAAACAAAACUGCAUUUAAAGAAGUUUCUUUUAUUCUUCAAUUAGGCUUGUCUAAAAAAAUCUUGAGUACUAAAUAUUAGAUUUUAUGGAUAUUUUAUACGACAGACGAGUGUAAGACCUAAUGUUUCUUGGGGAAAUGUUAUCAUUAACAUCAACAGUAUCGACUAGUAGAAUAAAAUUGCGAGUGUUUAUUUUUUGGAAUUUUUAGUAGGUUCGAGUCCCGGGCGAGGCAAGCGAAUUUUAGAAAAUCAUUCAAUGCAGUUUUGUUUCUUUUAAAAAAGAAAGGAAUGUUUCCUUUAAAUAAAAUGAGCCAUCUUAAGUAUUUAAGGUAGUUUCCUCCAGGGCCCGACUUAUCUUUCCACACUGUAUACCAGUGCCCUGUUUAUCAAAAGCUUGUAACUUAUAAUACAAACGGAAGUCACUUUUUGACAGCUUUUGUUAGAUAGGGACAUCCACUUAUAUUACCUACAAGUUACACGCUUUUGAGAAACGGGCCCCGGAGGUUUCAAAACCUGGCUCCUUCAUGGCACUUCUUCCCUAACAUAUCCUUUGGAUCGAAAACGGCAAAAACGGCAAAUUUAUGGGACACAAUGUUGUUGUUAAACUAAAAUGUACCUACAUUAUUUUAUACAUUGUGGAAUAUAUUUUAUAUUAAGUUGAA